UCCCUCCCUCUCUCUCAAUCUCGUUCUGAUCUUCAACCUACGCAUUUGGAAGGCAUUAAUAGCUAAUAAACUAAAGGCCCCUCAUGAAGAAGCCUUUCCCCUACCUCACCAGUUUCGUUCUCUUGGAUCACAACAGUGGCAAGAAUGGUAGCUCUGAAAGCCGGAAGCCGGCCGCCGUGGGUAGGUCUGGGAGCCGCCGUCUGGGUCCAAUUCGCCGCCGGCAACGCUUACACCUUCCCUCUCUACUCGCCAGCUCUCAAGCACGUUCUGGGUUUCAAUCAGCAGCAGGUCACCAUGCUCGGCGUCGCAAAUGACAUCGGGGAGAACAUGGGCAUUCUUCCCGGCAUCGCCUGCAACAUAUUGCCGCCUUGGAUCGUUCUUCUGGUCGGCGUUUGUGCUUGCUUUCUGGGAUAUGGCGUUGUUUGGCUUGCUGUUAGUGAGACCGUUCAGUCCUUGCCUUAUUGGGUGAAUUACAGAUUCUCAUCCAAGUAUUUGAUUCCGUGGCAGUUAUGGAUUGCUCUUUGUAUUGCCACCAAUAGCAGUGCUUGGUUUGGCACAGCUGUGCUUGUAACCAACAUGAGAAAUUUUCCUCUCAGUAGGGGUACAGUUGCAGGUCUCCUGAAAGGAUACGUUGGUCUUAGUGCCGCAGUCUAUACAGAGGUGUACACUAUGGCGCUCAGUGAGUCUGCUUCAAAACUUUUGUUAUUCCUUACUCUUGGCCUUCCUCUUUUAUGUCUGGCUAUGAUGUAUUUUGUUCGGGCUUGCACUCCGGCUUCUGGAGAAGACUCCUCAGUGCAUGCACAUUUCCUUUUCACCCAAGCUUCGAGUAUUGUUCUUGGCAUCUAUCUUCUAACAACUACGAUUUUGAAAAAUACAUUAUCUCUGAGUAAUGUCUUCUCCUACAUAUUCAUUGCUGUAAUGAUUAUUCUACUAAUGUCUCCUAUUGCAAUUCCCAUUAAAAUGACAUUGUUCCCUGCAAAUACCAAGAAGCCUGUUCCAUCAGUUGGUUCCUCAGACAAUUUGGUUGCAAGAGAAGGUGAAUCAAGGCAAACAGAUCCUCUCUUGGUUGGAAGUUUUCAUGAGAACGAAGAUGCUUCUGAUGUUGAGAUGCUUAUAGCUAUGGGAGAGGGAGCCGUAAGGAAGAGAAGGAAGCCUAGAAGGGGAGAAGAUUUCAAAUUUCGUGAAUCUGUUAUAAAGGCUGAUUUCUGGCUUCUUUGGUUAGUAUACUUCCUUGGGGUUGGCUCUGGAGUAACGGUUCUCAACAAUUUGGCUCAGAUUGGGGUAUCCUUUGGUAUAAAUGAUACAACAAUAUUGUUGAGCCUAUUCAGCUUUUGCAAUUUUCUGGGUCGUCUUGGGGCUGGUGCAGUCUCUGAACAUUUUGUGAGAUCAAAAACAAUACCACGGACAAUCUGGAUGACGCUCACGCAACUAAUCAUGGUAGCAACAUUUCUUCUUUAUGCAUCAGGUGCCCAGGGUACUCUUUAUGCUGCAACAGCAUUGCUUGGGAUCUGCUUUGGCGUUCAGUUUGCUAUAAUGAUCCCAACAGCCAGUGAGCUCUUUGGCUUGAAGCAUUUUGGCAUCAUUUAUAACUUCAUGCAGAUUGGGAAUCCUCUUGGCGCACUUCUCUUUUCAGGUCUGCUUGCUGGCUAUGUAUACGACGCAGAGGCAGCCAAGCAACACAGUUCCUCUUGUUCGGGUGCCAAUUGCUUUAGACUCACAUUCUUGAUUCUGGCCUCGGUAUGUGGGCUCGGCACGAUCUUGAGCAUUGUUCUGACAAUCAGAAUAAGGCCAGUCUAUCAGAUGCUUUAUGCUGGGGGUUCUUUCCGAAUACCUCAAAGUUCAAGCCGCUGAAGCUUCUUGUGUUUGACCCUUAAGUUCAUAUUCGAGGAUAUGGUUUAUGUAGAGGCAAUCAGGCAUGUGUUCGAAGGGCCCAAAAGACUUCUGAACUGAACUAAACCUAACCUAACCCGAACUUUCAUAGAUAGGGUUGGUUGGUUGGUUGGGUUGGGUUGGGAUCGGUUUUGUUCCUUAAGUUUUAUAGGUUAGUGUUCUGGGGCUUAAUAUAAAUAAUCCAAACCCGGUUGUGGUUUGGUUGAGUCCUAGGUUAGUCACUUAAUAGCCUGAACGACCCCAAAAUUUCACCUCAUUCAUAUGUAAUAGUAAUACUAUUACGGCACCAAAUUAUGCACUAUGUAUGAUGAAUCCAUGAAUGGUUUUUAGUUGAACUCUUGGAUGCUGCCUUGAAGGAA